AUGUCAAGAAUUGAGCCGCAAAACGAAGUCCAAGUAAUUACGAAUUAGAACAUGCUAAAAAGGAUCUUCAUUCAAUACAGAAUUAUUAAAAUGGCGUGAUCUGACGUGGAAUUCUGGCGAUCCGUGAGUUGAUCCGGGCCCAGGAAAGGCGAGCCACAUGGCGAUAGUUCUCCGGGGAAGGUUUUUGGUCUAAGGGAUAAUCUUAGAUCUUUUUCUCCUUACCUGCAGGGGUCCCUACCGGUGCAAAGUUCUGUACCACUCCAUGGGAGCAUUCUCGAUCCUGUAGCACGGAUCAGACAGACCAUGGAGAAGGCAAGAGGCGUUCCACCCAUACUCUGAGCCCUGUCAGAGGUUAAGGGAGUCUUUUGCUGCGAUUCAGAACCAAAGCAGGAGUAGGGACUGCCUCCCCGACAGAUCUCUGACGUCACCUUUUUUUGGGGACGUCACGAGUGAAAAGGGUGGUGUGAGGAUAGCGAUUAGCGACAAUGCGAAGCUAUCCGUUGGACGGAGCAGGGGCUGAAAUAGACCCCGACGACCCGCUAUAAAUUUAAUUAAUCUAAUUUAAUCAUUCAAUACGCUAGUCCUAACAAACAGAGUUUAAAUAUCCGCCUCAAAAAAUACAUCGAUCUCAUGCAAGACUCAGGAAUUAUUGUAAAUUCCAUCUAGGAUCGACACUUGACUGUUAAACAAAUUGAAUUGAUUUUCUGUGGUGAAAACAAGCAUAGAGCCAACAUGAAUUUUGACACCUUCCUUGAAACCCUUCCAAGAAUAAUUGCAGAAAAGUAAACAAUAAUCAGAUUCCCUACAAUUUAUAAGAAUUCUCCUGGAGAAGCUCUAGCAAAGCUCUUGCAAAAUCAUUUUUGGCCACUUUAUCAAAGAAUGAAUGAAGACAAUAGAAAUGAGCUUCCAGAGGUUGAUGAUGAGUGCAUAAAUAUAAUUCAUUCAGCUUUUAAUGGAUUUAGAACAUUAUAUGGGUCUCUUUUUCCGUGGGAACUUAGAAAAGAUUUAGAAUUAGAGUUAGAGGAUUCUUGAGGUUUCUACUUCCAUGCGACGCUCUAUAUAUGGCUCGUUUAGAUGCCCUAUAAUGAGUCAAGCGAAUUGGAUGACUUCCACCUCUGGUAACUCUGAGCUGGCCAAACCCUGACUUUAGGUAAUGAAUUGCCCUUUUGAUUAAUAAACUUCGUUAGGCAUUGCCCUUUCCAACUCAACCCUUUUUAGAGUCUAAUUACUCCACAUCGCCAAUAUUCAUGAGCAGAUCUUCUUCUAAUUGGAGGUAAGUUUACUCUAUUUCGGGCGCGUAUUGAUUUGGGCCUUGAUAGUAAAAUGAAGACACAAGUACUUGCGCAUUGGAUUAGAUCACAAAACAGCUGAUUGUGCAUGAUCCCCUCACUUUAAGAUUACUAAUGCUGUUGAGUCACCCCGUGGCUUUAAAAAUUAUUCUCUGAUAUACACAGUUCACUGCCUCAAAUAUAGCGAGUCGAAUGUGGCUUGCCAUUUAAUGUAUAUAGAAAAGUUUUAGAGACUGACAUGGUUAUGAAUAGGUCGCAAAGGACAUUUCAUAAUUUUGUUAAAGAGUUCGACAUUUGUCCAACUUUGUUGACCAAAAAUCAAGUUCUUCAAAUAUGAAAUGAUAUAAUUUUAGUCCACAGCGACCAAAUUUUGCCUGCUGUAGAAUUAUUGCCUGACCCAAACUUAGAGCAAGGGCAAAUUUUGACGCUCAGCAAAUUUAUUUUUAUUAUUUAUUUAAUCGCUGAAAAAGGAUACGAGCAAGACGCUAACUUAGAGCAGUCCCCACCAUCAGAAAAGCUCUUGGUUCUAUUAGAACGUUUAGAACUCUCCAAAGGUUUUGUUGAGCUUUCAGGAAGUGUUCGAAACAUUACAAUUCUUCCAUCACAAGAAGUAAUUCACCAAGUUUUGUACCCAGAAACUGAAGAUAUUGAUGAAUUUUCUCAUAUAACAGAAGAGGAAGAAGAAAAAAGUGCAGAUGCAGAAACUUACGGACUAGAUGUAAAUUCACAAACUGUAGCUAAGCUUGAAGAAUAUUUCGACAAGCUUCAGCAUAUUUUCCAAGCCUAUUGCUCUUUUGGAGAACCAAUGAAUACAUCAAAAAUGUCAGGCUCAAAAUUGGUGAAAUUAAUGAGAGACGUAGGAAUUUUAAAAAUUACUAAAGCAGACAUAGCAAAUAUGUCAAUUAGAAGCAGCCAGAGCAUUAAAAGUGAUGGAUUGCUAACAAAAGUGGAUAUUGAUAUUAUUUUUACAAGAGUUUCUGACAAAAGAAUUAAUAAUGGAAGACUUGAUUUUAAACAGUUUCUAAAAGCAAUUGAACAAGUAGCGCACAGAGCGUUUCCAAAUGAAAAUCUUGAUAAUGCAUUCCUGCAUGUAGUGUCUGAAUACAUUAUGAAGCUUGAAAAUGAUUGGAACGACGAAAGAGGGGUAAAUUCUGGGUACAUCAGAAAUCUAAUGGAAAUGCUGAGAGAGCCAGAUGUAAUUGAAACUCUCAAUUUGGUCCAUAAAUCUAUCAUUUACUUUUAUAGAUUCUACUCUAAUUCUCUAGGCCUUAUGAAUUUUGAAAACUUCUUAAGAUUUACUCGUGACUUUGCAAUUUUCCCAGAUUUAAUUGCAAAAUCUAAGCUACAUAGAUUUUUUCAUACACUUGCAGGAAUUCACGCACAAACAGAGCAACCAGAAAUGUCUGUGUCCCGAUCAAGCUAUUAUGAAUUGAAAAACGAUGCUUCAGAAGAUGUAAUUGAUGAGCAUCUCUUUGUUGAGUCUUUAGCUUUAGUUGCAGCUGAAGUUCUCUAUAAAGAACCAGAGCCAACUCCAGUAGAACGAAUUUGCUUUUUAAUGGAAAGAAUGAGCCAAAGCGAGGGUCUCUCAAAAGUUCUCAUAGAAAAUGGUCAUAACCGUGCAUCAGCUGGAGAAUGCAAAGAUAUUUUGGUAUUUUUGAAAGCAAGGUACCCAGAAAUCUUCUCAUACGGAAGUGAACAAAAACUAGGAUUUGGCGACAUUUUAGCGGAUAUGAACCAACAAGAGAUGGGGUCUAUUGAUUAA